GCCAGUGUAUAGUCUGAGCUCGCGAGGAGUAUACGGGCUUCCCAGUGCUACAGUAAACACAAAACAAGUGCAAAAAAUGUCAGAGGAGAGCAUGCCUUUGCUCACGAAUUCUCGGCGGAAUGGCCCAGCUCACCCCCCUGGCGGAUGUCGAUCACGCUUGAGGUACUUCUUCUCUUCGAUCACUGUGGAGCCUGCGCUGCUUCUGUACAUGCUGGCGUAUGGCCUUUGCUUUGUGUACACCACGCAAAUGUGGGUGGAGAAGAUCUGCUACUUCCAUUUUCACUACGACGAAGAAAUUUGCAAGAACCUGGACACGGGCAUGUACCCCGAGGAGCAGGGCGCCGUGCACCGCAUGACGACGCGCUACAACGUGCACAACCACCUCAUCGAGUACCUCCCGGCCGCCCUCAUUGUCCUCGUCCUGGGCGCGUUGAGCGACAACCGCGAUCGCCGCCUACCUAUCAUUAUUCCCAUGGUAGGAAUAGCUAUCAUGAAAUUAGGCCUUGCAGCUAAAGCCUACUGGUGAAAGCUCCCUCCGGACUACAUCUUGCCGCCUACAUCCCCGUGGGCUUAACGGGCGCUGCCAUGACCAUAUUCAUGGGCGGAUAAAGCCUAUGUCCCGUGGCCUCAGGACAGCGGCGCGCACCUCUCGCAUCUCUAUG